GUUUCAUUUUCUUUCCACACACCGGGGUAAAGAUGGCGCAUGUCCUGGAGGCGACGUCUCAGCAGCAGUUUGAAGACUUCCUAGCCAAGGCUGGACAAUGUUUGACGGUUGUCCAUUUCCAGGCUGCCUGGGCUCCGCAGUGCGCUCAGAUGAAUGAAGUGAUGGCGGAGCUGGCCAAGGAAAAUGCGCACACCACCUUCGUUAAACUGGAGGCAGAAGCGGUACCGGAAGUGUCGGAGAAGUACGAGAUCGCGUCGGUCCCGACUUUUAUCUUCUUCAAAGGAGGGGAGAAGGUUGAUCGUAUGGACGGGGCCCACGCCCCAGAGCUGACCAAGAAGGUCCGGAACUUGACGGCGGCCGUGUCCGGCGGACUGGGCGGAAGCGGGGAGAGAGGCCCCGGUCAGGACCUGAACCAGCGUUUGAAGAAACUGAUCAACGCGGCGCCCUGCAUGCUCUUCAUGAAGGGAUCUCCGCAGGAACCCCGCUGCGGGUUCAGCAGGCAGAUCGUGGCCAUGUUGAAAGAGCACAACAUCCAGUUCAGUAGCUUUGAUAUCCUGUCCGAUGAGGAGGUCCGGCAGGAACUGAAGACCUACUCCAACUGGCCCACCUACCCUCAGUUGUAUGCAAACGGUGAGCUGGUUGGCGGCUUAGAUAUCGUUAAAGAGCUGGCGGAAUCUGGAGAGCUGGAGAACACCUGCCCCAAGGCCGUGACUCUGGAACACAGGUUGAAGAGCAUCAUCAACCAGAGUCCGGUCAUGCUCUUCAUGAAGGGCAACAAGACAACGGCCAAAUGUGGUUUUAGCAGGCAGACACUGGAGAUUUUAAAUGCUGUCGGGGUGAGUUAUGACACAUUUGACAUUCUAAGUGAUGAAGAGGUGCGCCAGGGGCUGAAAACUUAUUCCAACUGGCCGACCUAUCCCCAGCUCUACGUAAAGGGAGAACUGAUCGGAGGAUUGGACAUAGUGAAGGAUCUGAAUGAGAGCGGAGAGCUGGUCUCGGUGCUGAAGGGGGAGUCUUAGUUUUCACGUCAGCCGGAUGGGAAACAAAAAGCUUCUGUGCACGCCCAGGCUUUGCCACACAAAUAUCACAUCACACUUUAUCAACUGAGAGAUGAGACGGUCAUAAAAAACGAAGAUGCACUUAACCAGCAACCCACUUCACGCCCAGCCUUUGCCACACAAGUUGCGCAUCGCAUUGCACCAACGGAGAGGAGAGGAGAGGGAUAAUAACGAAGAUGUACUGAAACAAUCCAGUUAUCGCCCUACUCCUCCAUAGUAUGGAAACAUGCAUUUAACAUGAAAACGAGCUAAAUGAAACCAUCGAUAAGCAAUGACAAUAAAUCUCAGUGGCUUGUGACUGUUGGAGGUAUGUUGUCUUUUUUUAUAUAAUUUCAUGGAAACAUCGGAUGUGUGAGCUGAAAAUCAAGCCAUCUGGCCGUUGAGCCGUUUGAAUUGUUCAGAAUUCCAUCAGGUGGCGGCCUACAUGUCUACCUUGACACUGAUCAAAGGUCUCCCUCCUUGUUGGUGUCACAGAGCUGGCUUGUGUUAAGAGAAUGUGCAUCUUGCAGUCACGUCACUCCCCCUGAAAAGCUCCCAGGACCUUCAACUGACCGGUCGGUCUUCGAUGAACCACCAGCUGGCUUUACUUUUACAAUGCUACGCUUAUUUAGAAAACAAACUGUUUAUUUCAUUUUCUGAAUUAGUCUGGGUUAUAUAAACUUUCACUGUGUGUGUCAUUGAUAUUCAUUCAGAGGAAAUAAAACUUAAAAUAAAACAUC